UUAGUUCAUUCAUGUGGGUAAUCUUGGAUUGAUGAUAUCUUACUUUUUGAAGAGCUUGAAGAGGAAGAAUGCUUUGGUGUUAGUGAAGACUCAAUCAUGUCAUUGAUGAUGAAUAAUAAUAAUAAUCAAGGUAACACUUUUUGACCAUAGAAAAAGAAAUAAUUAUUGGAAAAAAGCAAAAGCAAAAAAAGUUUGUCCCUUUGACAGCAUUUUCUUUCUUUCAACCUUCCUUUUUCUUCCCCACACGCUUCUUAUCCUUACACACUUUCAAACCCAAAUUUUGUUUAUUAAAAUCUUUUGUUUUUCUUCAAUCUUUAGAGUUUCCUCUUAAAAGGGUAUGCAACAAUGCCAUUGUAUGAGGAUAUAAAGAUUAAUUUUUUGAUGGGUCAAGAAACUGAUUUCAAAGGUUGUGCUUUUAGUUGUUUAGACACUGAAAAAUUGGAUCUAAAAAUGAUGAUUUUAGAGCUUCAUGAUUCAUCAAUUGAUGUUCCUUCAGUGUUCAUAUGUCCAAUUUCACUUGAACCAAUGCAACAACCUGUGACCCUUUGUACUGGUCAAACCUAUGACAAAUCAAACAUCCUUAAAUGGUUGUCACUUGGUCACAAAACAUGUCCAACAACAAUGCAAGUUUUAUGGGAUGAUUCAAUCACACCCAACAACACACUUAGACACUUAAUCUUCACAUGGUUCUCAAACAAGUACUUUGCAAUGAAGAAGAAGCUUGAAGAUGUUCAAGGAAGUGUUUUGGAACAUUUGGAGACACUUAAAAAGGUAAAGGGUCAAAAUAGAGUUAAAGUUCUUAAGGAUCUUAGAAAACUUGUUGCUGCUCAUGUUUGUGCAAGGACAACAAUGUUGGAAAAUGGUGGUGUUGGUUUGGUUUCUUCUUUGUUAGGUCCUUUUACUUCACAUGUUGUUGGUUGUGAAGCUAUUGGAAUAAUUGUGAAUUUGGAUUUGAGUUCAGAAUUGAAGAGAAAUCUUAUGCAUCCAGGUAAAGUUUCAUUGAUAGUUGAUAUUAUGAAUGAAGGAACUAUUGAAACAAAGAUGAAUUGUGCUAAGUUGAUUGAAGUUUUGUUGAUGGAAAAUAAUGACACUAAUAAGAUUGAAAUUGUGUCAAGUUUGAGUCUUUUGGUUGGAUUAUUAAGAUUAGUGAGAGAUAAGAAAAACUCAAAUGGAAUAUUAAUUGGACUCAAAUUAGUUAAACUUGUUUUAUGUUGUGAUGAAAAAGUUAGAAUUUCUUUGAUAAGUAUUGGAGCAAUUCCUCAAUUGAUUGAGGUGUUACCAAAUUUGAAUAAUGAGUGUUUGGAAAUAGCACUUUAUAUAUUAGAAAUGUUGUCAACAAUUGAAGAAGGGAAAUUGGCUUUGAAAGAAUGUCCAAAUAUAAUUCCUAAUGUGGUUAAGAUGUUGAUGAGAGUAUCAGAAAAUUGUACUCAAUUUGCAUUGUCAAUAUUAUGGGCUAUUUAUAAGCUUGCACCUGAAGAAUGUGCUUCAAAAGCUGUGGAAGCUGGAUUGGCAUCAAAAUUGUUGUUGGUGAUUCAGAGUGGUUGUAAUCCUGUUUUGAAACAGAUGUCAUCUGAGUUUUUGAAAAUGUGUAGUGUGAAUUAUUCUACUAGUAUUUUGAUUUCUAAUUGUAUGCUUACUACUACAAUACAAUGAAAAAAAUAAAUAGAUAUUUGUUCAUAGUUUCAUAUAUAGUCAACUAUGUUCAAUUGUUCAUAUGUUUAUGAAAUUCUUUUUUA